CGCAAUAUUGUAAUGCGCAGGUCACAGCUGUCCAAACAUGGAGGUUGAACUAAGGCACAGCUUGCUUGUUCCCAGGCGUACGUAAUAGCCCCCGAAUAUCGACUAACCAACCAGCAAACCGCUACCAAAGGUUACUAUAACUGACAGUUUAUCAUUCUUUGUUGUUCGAUCGUUUGUUGAUUGUUGGAAUGACGAUGGAAAACAUGGGCGAGCUGCCGGAUCAACAACUUAACGAUUCGUCCGUCACCACACCAUUGAGUGUCGGAGGAGGCAGUGUAGUAGACACAGCAAGUCAACAGUCCUCACGCGAUACCACUCAGUCCGAGACUGACUUCCCAGCAGUACCCAGUGUCAGUGCAGUGUCCAGCCCCGAGGCCGAGUUGUCACCAUCUAUCGACAUCUCAAGAACCGAGGCCAUUCCGGUUACGGUGGCCAGUAUGAUCGACAGUACGGAAUUCCGUUCCCAAAUGGGGGACGUCACAUACCAGACUCUGAACGGGAGGAUGAGCCCAAACUACAGCCCCAACAGCUACGCUACCCUCACUCCGUUACAACCACUACCCCCAAUUUCUACAGUGUCAGAAAAGUUCAACCAGAUCCAGGCUUCUAAUGUGAGUGGAAAUGGCUUUACACUUAUGAACAAUGGACUUGGAAUGGAUAUGAACACUGCUUACAGAUAUGAUAAAAUGAUGGGGAUGGGGAUGAACAUCUCCAACAUGGGCCCAAGUUUGGCCACAAGCCCUAUGACAAUGAUGACAACAAAUGGAUAUUCACAAAGUGUUGGACCUUACGGUUAUAAUGUGAAUGUGAGUCUUGGUGUAAGUCAAAAUGGACUGCCUUCACCAAAGUCCGAUCAUAAGUCUCCUACAGGAUUAUCACCAAAUACAUAUGAAACAUAUCGAAAUCUGGCUCCGCCACCUACGCGACUCAGUUCCCCAAAUCCUGUCAUGAUGUCAACACUCAAUGGAUUGCAUGGGAACCACACAGUUACACCUGAUGCUUCACCAAAUAGUCAAAGUUCCAGCCCCCAGAGGGGUCAGUCAGUCGGUCCAAUGGAUUCUCAGAGCAAUAAAGAAAUUGAGGAAAUAAACACAAAGGAACUGGCACAGAGAAUCAGUAGCGAACUUAAACGUUAUAGUAUACCACAGGCAGUUUUCGCUCAGAGAGUUUUAUGUAGAAGUCAGGGAACAUUAAGCGAUCUUUUGCGAAAUCCAAAACCAUGGAGCAAAUUGAAGUCUGGAAGGGAAACAUUCCGCAGAAUGUGGAAAUGGCUUCAAGAACCAGAAUUUCAGAGAAUGUCUGCAUUGCGCCUUGCAGGCAAGUCAUUCGGGGAGGUGUCCAUUAAGGAGGAAUCGGUGUCAGCAGGCAGCUUUGGGCACCCUAUAGCCAGCAUAGCCUGUAAAAGGAAGGAGCAGGAACAGCAAGCCCAAGACCAGAGGCACCCCAAAAAACCCAGGCUAGUGUUCACAGAUAUUCAGAGGAGAACGUUGCACGCAAUAUUUAAGGAAACCAAGAGACCGUCAAAGGAAAUGCAAGCUACUAUUGCACAACAACUCGGACUUGAAGUUUCCACUGUCGCCAAUUUCUUCAUGAACGCUCGCCGGCGGUCAAUUGAUAAAUGGAGAGACGACAAUGGCAACAACAAUCGAGACAGUGUGCCCAAGAGCUGAGUUGUCGUGACGAUGUCCAACAGGUUUCUCAGUGAUUGUGGUCGGUCAUCUUCGUUGUGCAUCCAUAUUUUGUUCAUCUGUCCAUAGACAAGACAUCGGUGCGGCGUACAUCGUACCGAAAACAUUUCAUAUAUAUAAAUAUUAUAUAUUGAUGAAUCAUUCUGUUAAAAGGAAAUGCGUGUGUGUACAGAUGCAUGUUAGUGAAAGUUGUAUGCUUGUGGAGAGGUGUGAUGGAGGUUCCACCCCCGCACACCAAGGCUGUUGUAGUACAACUGUAGUGUCCUAUCUCUUCAAAAAUCACAUGACUAGAGACUGGAGCACGUUUAUUUUCUGUCCUUGUUUUUAAGAAAUCCCUGAUCAAUCAUUCCAUUUACAAUGUUGUAUUUUUUAACUUAAUGUGGAAAAACUUUUUAUUUACAGUACAAAUAUUUAAAUUUUUUGAAUUUUUAAUUUUGUUUUUUCUUUUGUUAGACUUAAAGUCAAAGGAUUUUUGUAGUUCAUUUGAGUUAUUUAUUUGGCUCAUAAUUUUGUUUAUGUUGUGUUGUUCAUUUGAUUUUAUUUUGAGGGUCAAUGAUAUAAAACUUGAAUGAAGUUUUAAAGAAAGGCGAUGUGAUGGCAAAGUAUAGGGCAAUAUCAAAUGGUAGUUAUCCUCUAUAAAAAAUGACAGAAUUUCCUCUUCACAUUGUUAGAAAUGUGUUUGGACAAGACAUCUAAUGGUUGUACAUCAAAUGUAAUUGUAUGACAGAGCAUUUCUCUCUGAUCUUGGAACACCGUUCCUUUACAUAGUGCUAAAGCAUUUUUGACAUCCUGUGCCUAAUCGACUGGCACAAAUUGGUAUUGAUUUAUCAUUAGAAUCUUAACACCCAAGGUUUUCUAUUGAAAUUGAGAAUUCAUUGCAUCAGGGCUUUGUGUGUUCAUUUCAAUUAUUUGCAAUCUAGAAAUAUGUUGAUAGACCUUUUGCUAAAGAAAAGUUAAAUACAUGUAAAUGAAAGCUAAAUCUGAAAAAUUGUUCAAAAUCUAGAGAAAAAUAAUUCAGUGUAUGGGUUUAUUAUUAAUUUCUUUGAGAAUUUCUGCUCUCUCUAUAUAAUAAAUAUUUAAGAGGUUGUGGAAUGGAAUAAACAUGACAUAAUGAUAUCAUAUUUUACUACUGUUGCUUGUCUCCCUAAGGUGACAAACGACAAAGUGGCCAGCAUAAUUCUAGUCAGAUCAGACAACAGUUCGCCUCAAAAUACUGCGUCCAUGACUUGCCAUCAUUUCCCUCCCCGUGUUUAGCUUGUAGUGAAAUCCACUUUAUCUGUCUCAUGUGUUUCUUCCUUACUAUGUGUUUUCUAGGAAUUCAUUGGCAGGUGCUUAUUUAUUUAAUUUAUGCCUUGUUGUUGAUGUUGUGUUUCUUUGUGCUUUUAUUUAUCCCUGUGAAUAAUUUUUUUUUUUUUUUUUUUUUUACAUCCAUGACAUAUCAAAGUCUACAACUAUACAGCAUGCUGUAUGUGUUCAAAACAUCCCAAAGACCAAGAUCUAGUCAGUCCUGAUCAUGAUCUUUCCAUAUCUUGACACCAUACACUUGGAACAAAUUAAUUAAUUCAUAACUGAUUGAUGUUCAUUGAUUCCGAGCAAUCAUUGUAUCAAAUUUGUGCAAUAUUUAUUGAUUUUUGUUAGUUUUUUCUUGAACUAUUUAAGUACACACGUUAAUUCUUUGUUGAUUUUUGUUUUAUUGUAAUAAUUGUUAAUUAAUUUAUUUAAUGCACCGAUACUGCAGUCAUGUCGAAAAAGUCUUGUGUUCAUCAGCAAGUUGUGAAUGUUAAGUUUAUCACUCCAGUUGAUUUGUGUAUCGGGCCAUGACUGUAAUGGCCAUUUUUUGGGGAGUAUCAGUUCAAUGUCAACAUCUCACUGUGUAACCUUACCAGUUACAAAGCAGAAAGCUUAGCUUUUCUCAUGCCAAUCAGUACCUGGACUGACAUCUUUAUCCAAUCAGUACAUGAAUUAAAAGGUUGACAUUUUCCAAUCAGGCCAUGAGAUGAAAAGGUCAACUGUGUCCAAUCAGCUUAUGAGUUGAAAGGUCAAUAAGUUAUCCACCAGUAAACUUGUGAGAAGUGAGCUACACCAGAACAGUAGAGGUCAUUGCUGCCCAAUCAGACAAACUCUAGUGAACCUUUUUAAUCUAUAAUCUAGUAAUGUUGUAGAGGUAUGUGGAAUAAAUAUGCUCAUAUUAAGGACUAAAAGAAUCUUCCACCCCCAAGGGUGAGAAAGGAGGAUCUCUAUCAGAGGAAGAAGAUUCUUAAGUUGCCAAACACGAGGCUUGCCUCGUGUUUGGCAGCUUAAGAAUCUUACCCUGAGAGUUGAGAUUCCCCAGUCUCACUCCCAAGGGGGUGAAUGAUUAUUUUUCUCUUACCCUGCUUACCAUCUUAUGUAUCUUAUAUUGACAUUACAUAAAUGCAAGACAAUGAUGUAAUGUGAUUGAAUUGUCAACAUGUAAUUUUAUUGUUACCAUGACAUCAUGGCACAUCAUGGUACAAUUGAUGAGAAUGCGCAAAGUGCAUGUGUAGCAUAUCUCAACCCUAGGGUGAGGUAAGAAAAUCUCACACCAGUUAAGUUGUAGAUAUCCGUUUCCAGGGUAAGAGAAUGUGUUCUAAUAGCAGAGAAUUUAAUUCAAGCAUUUCUUUUGUUAAUCUACCUAGAUGGAAAAGGUUCCACUGGAAAUUGAUACACAAUUCAUUAAAACGUAGAUAGUGUCAUAGUAGUAGACACUAAAACAUUGGUAGUGUUAGUGAUAUUGGUGGAAAUGUACAAAUGCUGUGUGACAGUUGUUUAAGUGUGGGACAGGUGUGCCAGACGUCAUGGCUGGUUUAUAUUUGAGCGAGUGACGGGCUUUCAUUGCUGUUCCCCAGUUUUAGCUUGUCAACCUUGUAUCGCAUAUUUUGGGUUUGUGAGGUCAGUGAUUUGAAUCUCCAUGAAAGAUCUGUUACUUUUGAAAUCACUUAUUUUGUUGAAAACUACUUUUUCCCACUUUACAGACUGACUUUCAGGCUGACAUUUGUUUUUUUGCACCCUUGAACAAUUAAAAAUGAGACCUUGUUGUUUUAUCAGAUCAACUGUUUGUAUAAGAUCCAAUGAAAACAUUCCAGUUAAAUAUCUUCAGAAAAAUUCCAAUAUUUCCUUUAUUUAAGACACAUUCCGUGAAUAAUUUUCUUGCUGUGUUAAGUAUCAUGAAAGAGAGCGUUUCUGUAAUAUUCCAGAUGUUGCUUAGGGACCCAACUAUUGUUGUUCCAGUAUUUAUAAUUAAUUUAUUUCUGUGUUGUGUUUUGAGAAAACCAUAACUGUUUGUGUUUUUGUAUGUGUUUAUAGACACUAUGAUAUAUUUACAUACUAUAUGCUUUUGAUAUACAGAACAAAGGCAUGCAAUAAGUCACUACACAACAUUCUAUCAUCAUGAAAUGAUAAAUGCCUUUUAUAUAAAUCAUGAUGUCAUCAUAAUUAUCAUAUUUAUGUAUCAUGUACAUAGACAUUAGCAUCAUUCCCAUGUUUUAUAAUGUAAAUAAUGUGUAUGAGAAACUGUCCUUUGACCUUUAGAGGUCAGAGGUUAUGUGUCCUUUGACCUUGUAGAGGUCAGGGGUUGAGAAAAUACCUCGUCAUUCAACAAUGCUGGAUUGAGAAAAUUGUUUCUUGCUAUUUUUCGUCUCCAUCAUCUGUCAUUUGUAAAUGCAGAAAAUCUUUAUUAUUACUAUUUUUAUUUUUUUUUAUCUGGAUGAAAUUAGGAGAUGAUACCGACGAUGACUGGUUUGUCGUUGUGUACAGUACAGAAGAAAGUGCUACAAAUGUAUUCAUAUCACUAGCUGAGUUUUACAGCAAACUAUUCACCUAUUUUUUGUGUGAGAAUAUUAAAUAUAUUGGUUUUACGUAAUGUUUUAAUUAAACAAAAGCUCUUCACACAGGAAAUAGAAAUCUCAGUCCAUUAUCCUCAACAGUAAUCUCAUUCAUCAAGCUUUUUAUUCGCGAUGUUUUAUAUGUGAACUUUAUAUAGACGAGAUCUGAUUUUCUUCCUCCAAUUUAAAAGUUAAUUUGGGUAUACCUUUCUUACUUUUCUUCCUCUUUUUGAAAAAAAUGUCAAGAAAUAAACUAAGGUGUUGUGUUUUGAAUUCAGUAAAUCAGCUGAUGGAUGUUCAUUCCAGUACCUUUGAUAGAUUGACUGUAUAUACUUGAGUAUUGGUCAACACUGUUAAAAUGUCCAGGUCAACUUUGUAUGACAGUGUUGAAAUUUCAAGUAUGGCCACCCCAAUCUCCUCCUGUACAGAAAUUUUUAUUUAUUAUAUUCUUUGUCCUCCCAUUUGUAAUCAUCGUUUAUAUAGGCGAAUUAUGAUUGUAUCCUCCAGUACACAGGGAGUACAGCUGGACGGGCUCCUCCGCCGCUACAAUGUUUUAAGGCAGCACAAUUUUAUUUGGGUAUUGUAGAUGGGAAGCGUGCCAGCUGCUGAGCUUAAAACAUUAAUAAUACCCACUCUUCGCUCGAUGAUGGUGAUGGGGUUGUUUAGGUUCUGCUAGCUACACAACCAAACCAAACAGAUAGAACCUGGCUCCCAGGCCUUGUGCAUUCGGUAGAGAACAGAGGGUCUGGGAGCCUGGAUAGCAACCACACUCUCACUAGCCCCCAAGUCUGUACUGCAGUUGUGUCAACAUCACAUACAUGCUUGAACAACUCGACCCUCUGGGUCACAGAGAUGCUUGAUGAGAAAAAUCAAUACUUGCGAAAUUGUUGGAUAGUGGUAUGUAUACCACAGUACAUUGCUCUUGUACACUGGAGAAUAGCAAAAACGUGGCAGGAACUACAGCAUUGGCCCUGAAUUCUAGCAUGAAAUUAAAUCUCCACAAAGACAGCCGUCAAUUUAUAUGUUUAAGAUUGUGACAGGCAGAUCUUGCCCUAGUACAUUGAAAUUGUGUACAUUGAAAUAGUUUCAAAAUUUAAUUUGUGUAAAGAGCUAUUUUCUGCUGGCUUCUCUAAUACAGGAAAGCGUGUUGAGAUUUAUGAUCAUCUCGGAGACGAACUUGCUCCUUAUUCGAGGAUGGGUUUUGUACGGUCCUCUGCCAGCUGUUACCCAGAAAUGAUAUUUGAAUGCUCAGGAGUAGGCAUGAUGACAUCUGUUGUGGGAUAGAAGUAUGUGAUGUGUGUGAAACACACACAAUGCAGUACAACAACAAAUAUUCCCUUUCCCUUUACCAGAGGUUCAUAUUCCCUGUUAGACACGCAGUUUAUCGGAGGUCCCUGUAUGACUGUCAGAUAUAGCCUUGCUACAUUAGUCAUGUACAUGUAGAAUUUUAGAUUAUAAAUGUGAGUGUGGCCUAUACACUACUACUAGUAGUAACCCAAGACCCCUUCUCCUCUGCAAUAGACUGGUCCAGAUCAAUUAAUUCCACAGUCUAUUAUGGGCAUACAGGGGUCACAGGGUGCAAGUAGAAUGUCAUCAGGGAACCUUUUUUUUUCCAUAGGCAAAACAAAAACUUUUUUAAUGGUGAAGAGAAGUUUUUACCUUGUACAGUUUUUAAUGUGUAAAAUAAGACAGGCCAUACUAUACUGAGGUGUGUUUCUUGUUGCUUUGUAAAGUAUGUGCAAAGGGGGUACUAUUUAUUUAUGUACGUAAACGAUAACAAAAGAAACUAGUCAAAUUUGUAGAUUUAGUCCCUCCUGGAGUGCUGGGUGGGAAGCGUGGCCUCGCCCUUGGGCGAGACAUUCUCUUGGCCAUAAUGGAUUAUCAUCCAGUUUAUAUUGUGCAAUAUUGAUCUAUUUAAAUGUGUGUUGUCUUGUUUGUGGUGCAGUUUUAAGUGGAGUAUAUUGUGCGAGUUAUUACAAAGUGACACCAUAGUUCCUUUCAGGUAGAUUUUAUUAAGUGGUAGGUUUAUGCAAUGUAUAUUUUUAGACAAUUUUUAAUCUUCAUUUAGUGGCUUCUUCACCAAUUUUUUUCUUGCGUUAAAUAAUGAGUUUUACACUAUUUGGAAAGGACAUCAAUUUGUAAUAAUAAUUAUUAUGAAAAAAAACAUUGAAAAAAAAUUGAUAGAACUGAACUUUUUUUGUGAUCAGUUCCUUUAGAAAAUGUGGGGAUUUGUUUGGACAUAAAAAAGGUUCAAAACUUGCAGUAUGUAUAUAUAUAUAGGACUAUAUAUACGUAAUAUAUAGGUUAUGAACACAACUUGUCUGUCCAGCUUGCAUAUUAACCAACCCUUGCACCCCUACCAUCUACUGUUGUCUGACCCAAAUCAUGUACCAGAAGGGUCUAUUAUGAUGCAGUAGGGAUGGAAGGGUUCCAGGUUUAUUUUCCGUCGUUAUUUUAUACUAGAUGGCUGUGUGUGUGAAAACGGGCUCUUGUCCAGUUGUAAACAUUGGUUUUGAUCAACACACACACUUAUGCAACAAAUUAGAAAAAUCUUGUACCAAUAAGAACAAUAAAUAGUCGCCAAGCAAACAACUAUUUCA